AUGAACAUUGAAGACAAGCUGGGAGGAUUAUUUCUUAAAUGUGGUGGCAUAGACCAAAUGCAGUCAUCCAGGGCUAUGGUAGGGAUGGGUGCAGUAUCUGACCAGUCUGGAGUAUCGGGAGAACGGCAAGAGGCAGUGCUUCAAGAUCGGACUAUGGCGCACCAAGAAAUUCUUGCAACAGAUGAAGUGUUACAGGAAAGUGAACUUCGGCAGCAAGAGAUGAUUUCACAUGAUGAACUCAUGGUCCAUGAGGAGACGGUAAAAAAUGAUGAUGACAUGGAUACGCAAGAUAGACUUCCUCAAGGGCUGCAGUAUGCUGUUAAUGUCCCUAUCAGUGUAAAGCAAGAAAUUACCUUUACUGAUGCAUCUGAACAACAGAAACGAGACAAAAAACAAAUACGAGAGCCAGUAGAUUUGCAGAAAAAGAAGAAAAGAAAACAGCGUUCACCAGCAAAAAUCCUUACAAUAAAUGAGGAUGGAUCACUUGGUCUGAAAACCCACAAAUCUCAUGUUUGUGAGCAUUGCAAUGCUGCCUUUAGAACCAACUACCAUUUACAGAGACAUGUCUUCAUUCAUACAGGUGAAAAACCAUUUCAGUGCAGUCAGUGCGACAUGCGUUUCAUACAGAAGUACCUGCUACAGAGGCAUGAGAAGAUUCAUACUGGUGAAAAGCCAUUUCGUUGUGAUGAAUGUGGUAUGAGGUUUAUUCAGAAGUAUCAUAUGGAAAGGCAUAAAAGAACUCACAGUGGAGAGAAGCCUUACCAGUGUGAAUAUUGUUUGCAGUAUUUCUCCAGGACUGAUCGUGUGCUGAAACAUAAACGUAUGUGCCAUGAGAACCGCGACAAGAAACCGAACAGAAGUGCCACCAAAGUUGGCUUCUUGCCAUCGGAGGAAGAUUCUGGUUUCUCUGCGCCUAUGAAAGACAGCUCCUUGCCAAAGAAAAAAAGGCAGAAAACAGAGAAAAUGAAAUCGGGGGAUAAGGAAAGUACAGAUAAGUCGGAACAGAAGAAAGACAAAAAUGACUAUUUGCCUUUGUACACUUCUAGUACUAAAGUAAAAGACGAAUAUAUGGUAGCGGAAUAUGCUGUUGAGAUGCCACAUUCUUCGGUCAGCGGAACGCACUUAGAAGAAGCAAAUUCUGGAGAAAUACACCCUCCUAAGCUCGUUCUUAAAAAAGUUAACAGCAAGAGAAGUAUGAAACAGCCACUUGAGCAAAGUCAAACCAUUUCACCUUUAUCUACGUACGAAGACAACAAGGUUUCAAAGUAUGCCUUCGAUCUCGUGGAUAAGCAAAGUUUACUGGACUCUGAAGGUAAUGCUGACAUUGAUCAGGUUGACACGUUACAGGAAGGGCCCAGUAAACCUGUGCACAGCAGCACUAAUUACGAUGAUGCAAUGCAGUUUUUAAAGAAAAAGCGGUAUCUGCAAGCAUCUAGUAAUAACAGUAGAGAAUAUGCCUUGAAUGUAAGUACCAUAGCAUCUCAGCCUUCAGUAACACAGGCAGCUGUGGCCAGCGUCAUCGAUGAAACUGCUACGGCCUCGAUAUUAGACACACAGGGACUGAAUGUUGAAAUUAAAGGUAACCACGACAAAAAUGUCAUUCCAGAUGAGGUACUGCAAACUCUGUUAGAUCAUUAUUCACACAAGGCUAACGGACAACAUGAGAUAUCUUUUAGUGUGGCUGACACUGAGGUGACCUCCAGUAUAUCAAUCAAUUCUUCAGAAGUGUCUGAGGUCACCCAGUCUGAGACAGUUGGCACAAGCUCUCAAGCUUCCUCAUCGGAUAAAGCUAGUAUGUUACAAGAAUAUUCAAAGUUUUUGCAACAAGCUUUGGACAGAACUAGCCAAAAUGAUGCCUAUUUGAACAACCCGAGCCUUAAUUUUGUGACUGAUAACCAGACUCUUACAACCCAGCCAGCAUUUCCUUCCAUGGAGAAGGUCUACACGUCUAUACCCGUCAAUAGCUUUCGAUCGGGAAUGAACUCUCCGUUAAGAACGACUCCCGACAAGUCUCAUUUUGGACUAAUGGUUGGUGAUUCGCAGCACCCUUUUCCCUUUUCAGGUGACGAAGCAAAUCAUUCUUCUUCCUCCUCUACACAGGACUUCUUGGAUCAAGUAACUUCUCAGAAGAAAGCAGAGGCGCAGCCUGUUCAUCAAGCAUAUCAGAUUAGCUCCUUUGAGCAGCCCUUUAGAGCUCAGUACCAUGGGGCAAGACCUGGAAUAUCAUCUCAGUUUAGCACUGCCAAUGGACAGGUGAACCUUCGGGGACCAGGGACAAGUGCUGAUUUCCCAGAGUUUCCUUUGGUGAAUGUAAACGAUAGCAGAGCUGGGAUGACUUCUUCACCUGAUGCCACAACGGGCCAGACUUUUGGCUAAGAAAUCUUUGUAAAUAAUACUGGCACUUUAGAACACAUUUGUUGAAAGGGGGUUGCUCUGUAUAAGAUUGAGUUCUGUACAGCUUUUAAGAGCGCUAUGUUAAAACAAAAGUAAGCUGAUAUUAGCAAGACCAAUAACUGCUUCUUUCUUAUUUUAUUUUUUUUUGGUUAGUCAUCAGUCAUGGAACUGCCUGCUGUUGGUGCCCCUAUCAAAGGCAGUUUAUUAUUCACUUGUUUGAAUCCAGAAAAUACUUUACCUUCUAUGAAAUUUAAAAUAAAAUCCCCAGGUAAGACUUUCCCCCAUGAUUAUUUCCUUACUGGUUUCCUUCUAUGCUUUGGGAGGACAGUUUAUUGUCUGAUACUGUUCAUAUUGUCAUUUCCAAGCUUGUCAACAUAGUCAUUGCUUUUCAGCAGGGAAUCAACAUGUGCUAAACACUCAGAAUAAACAGUUCCAAAGCCAGGCAAAUCUGGCUUUAAAAGAUGGCAUUUUCUAGAAAAAUAAUCUUUCUUCCAUCUCUCUCAAAAAAUGAUUUUAGACCAUGUGCCCUUUAUUUCUGCUUUGCAAUACUUUGAAUUGUGUUUGGAGGAAAAAAUGAAUUCUGAUAGACUAACUCUACUAUUUAAAAGUCUAAUUAAUUUAAAAUACUUUAAACACUUUUUUAAGCAAAAUGCCUAACUGCUAAAGCCUUUACUUCGUUCCUGAAGUAAUGUGUAUUUCUUUGUACAGCUGAAUCUAGAUGUAACUUUUUAAAGACUUUUUCAUACGCAGAUACCAAGAUUUUGAAGUUUUAGUUAAAAUACUCUGUAGAUGACAUUCCCAGUUGCAUAAUGCUUACACAAACUGUGUAUUCCAAGAUUUAAAAGCUUAAUUGUACCUUGCCCUUACAUACUCAUAAUGAUUAACAUAGAGCACUUAGUCAACUUGGUAUUUUUUA